AUGAGCUCCGCCAAGGCUAAGGCUGCUGCAACAAUCCUGCUCACCUUGGAGAAGCUCUUUAUGCUGGACAUCGCUACUCACAUUGCGAGUGUGGAGCUGUGGGUGCUGGUGACGACAGUGCUAUUGGUGUGGAGGUUCCUCCUCGACUUCUCGGGGCCAUGGUUUGGGAAGCCUAGCAGGAUGUUUACUGUCGUCACCAUGGAGAUACUGAACCAGAACUUGGUGAUGUACACCAUGGGACUGAUGCAGCUAUCGGGCGCGAGGGUGAACGACUACUUCCAGGUGUGGGCGGUUCUGCUGGUCACCCUGCAGUACAGCGUCAAGAUCGGGCGCCCCUACACCAGGUCCAAGCAGGUCCCCUUGCUGGACCUCAUGUCCUCCUUCUGGUCAGCCAAUCUCCUCCGGGUGCAGACCUUUGAGCUCCUCAGGAUCCCCCUCUGGUUGAUCUGGGCGCUUAAUGCAGUUCGAAUCAUCGUGCUCUUCGUCACCUCAAGUAAAGGGGAGACUGAAAACCAAGAGAGCAUGAGGCUGGUGAGCGACUACAUGAGCUAUGAGGACCAUCUCCCUGCUCUUGCUGCUGCAGCUGGUGGUUCUGAUGAUGAGCAGGAGGUGUCAGAAAUGGCAGGGUGCAAGUACCUGGUGCAUGGGGAGCACCGGGUGCUCAAGGAAGUACAAGAGGGCCGGCGGGAGGGAAGAAGAAGACUAUCUUCUUGCUUCAGAAGGGAGAGAAUAAUAAUCGAGUCCAACAGGAGCUACAAGAUUCAGUUGGAUCCAGAUGGUGUCCACAAGGAUCACCUGGUCACCGUGGAGAAGCUAUGGCGUGACACCAGCAAGAGCAGAUUGUUGGGAGGCGCAAGCACAGCAGACCCUGGCAACCAGCGCAAGGACCUGUGCCUCUCGUUCGCGAUGUACAAGCUGCUGCGCCGUCGGUUCUAUGAUCUCCCGGUGCAUGAACUCACUAGGCCGCAGGGGAAAAACAAGAUCCGCAAGCUCGUCAUCGACUACAUCCUUAAGGACUGCGAGAGGGCGUUCCGCAUCACAGGGGUCGAGCUGUCCUUCCUCCAAGACCUCUUCUAUAGCAAGCACGCCGCGGUGUUUGCCGGCGGAGCCAUGGUUCCACUCCGGAGCCUGCUGCUCUCGCUGUCCUUGGCGGCGGCGACGGGAUACAUUGCGUAUCCUGCCCGAUACAUACCCGAGAGGAUGGAUCCAGCAGACCGGAACAGGAUCACACACGGCGUGUUCAUCACACGCCUCAUGGUCGGCAUCAUCGUUCUCAAGGAGCUCUUGGAGAUUUUUCUCUAUGUGCUGUCACGGUGGGCAAAGGUUCUGAUGUUGUGCAAGUACGUCCAGCAUCAGUGCUUGCGGCGUCCGAUGGUGGAGAUGGCAAUGAGGUUCAUGUUGUUUUUCGGCAGCAAAGCCAAAUGGAUUCAGACGGUCAGUCAGCAGAACCUUCUGGUUACAUUCCGUGUGCUAAAGCCAGCAGGUGUGCUGCCUCCGCUCACAUGGAGGAUGGUACUCUGUCGAGGGGAAACUGUUGGAACAACCGCCCUGAAAGAUUACACCAAGAUUGCGAUAUUGGAUACGCUCAAGAAGUUGGAGAAGGAAGGGCUAGCGCUGGAUAACUACUUCUCAAACGCCUUCAGAUCAAAUGAGAAGGUGGUGGAGUGGCCAAGAAACCUCAAGGUAGACACCCACAUCAUACUGGUCUGGCAUAUCGCCACCAGCCUCUGUGAGAUCAACUUCUUCAACACGGUCAAGAAGCUCAGGGCUGUGCAGCGACCGCGGCCUUUCGUCGACGGUCCAAAUGGAAUUCGCAAUAAAAGGAAAAACUAUGAAUCUGUGUGGUCUGAGCAGUAUGCAACUGCAGCCACCUUAUCCAACUAUUGUACGUAUCUGGUCAGCAAGGAUCUGGUGCCGGAUAAUCCCAUUGUUGCCGGAAUGGUCCUUGGUGAGGUAAUCCAAGAAAUUGACCACGUUACAUCCAAAUUCAAUCGCCAGUGGGGGCGUGGCAAGCUACCUUUCAUAUUUGUGUACAAUGGCCUUAUGGAGACAGUCCACAAGCCCUGCGAGAACACUGAUCACCAUCAGAGCUGGGGCUGGGGCCCUGACGUGGAACCAGUAACACCAGAGCAAGUGAGAGAAAAAGAAGACGAUGGAGGCCUCCACAUUGGGUGUUCCAUAACAAGGAUGGGUGCAAUGCUAGGGAAGCACCUGAUAAAGGUGUAUGAAGGCCACGCAGAAGGCCUGUGGAGCGACCUGGCCAACUUCUGGACGGGGUUCCUCCUCCACUUGGCCGCGAACACGAGGGCAGCCACCCACGGGAGGCAUCUUGCCGGCGACAGUGAGCUCAUCACACACCUGUGGGCAUUGGUCUCCCACGCCGGCUUUCGUGGGAACGCCAUCCAUGGCGAAGAGGGGCCAGACCAGGAGGACAUCCCUGAUAUCAACCAGGCAGCCAACCAAUGA